GGAAAGAAACCUGUAAAUAUUAAAAAGAACAGAUAUAAGGAUAUUUUACCUUUUGAUGAAUCUCGAGUGAUCCUAGAUGGGAAGGAAAAAGGAGAAGAAUUUAUCAAUGCCAGCUAUAUUAAGGGUCCAAAUGGAGAAAAGAAUUAUAUUGCCAGCCAAGGUCCUUUGCCCCAUACUGUUAAUGAUUUUAUACGAAUGUUAUGGGAGCUGAAGAUAGAAAUAGUAUUUAUGUCUUGUCGUCUGGAAGAAGGUGAACCAAAGAAGAAAAAAUGUGAGAAAUAUUGGACAGAUUCAGGUGAAUCAAAAGAAUUUGGAAAAAUAACAGUUACAACUGUAAGUUAUGAAUUCACUAAUCGCGAAGUCCUUAUGCGUAGAAUACAUUUAUCAUGUGACGGCUCCCAUCAUAGAGUGACACAAUUUCAUUAUAUUGGUUGGCCAGAUCACGGUAUACCUGAUCACCCAUCACUACUCAAUAUUAUGAUAAAUCACAUGAGAGUUGAACGUAAACGACAUGAUAUUCCUUUAGUUGUACAUUGUAGUGCUGGUUGUGGAAGAACUGGUACAAUAUGUGCUAUAGAUUAUGCUUGGACAUUAUUAAAUGAAGGGAAAAUUGGAAAAGAUUUUAGUUUGUAUGAUAUUAUAUUAAAAAUGAGAGAACAGAGACAAUCCAUGGUUCAAACACCAGUAAGUUUUGGUACAAUAUUUUGA